AUGGCAACCUUGGACAUAUCCAUUUUCUUAUUUCUCUCCGCUUUAAACACAGACUAUGUUGUCUCGGUAUCCGCCCAAACACUCGAUCAAACACCAAACUUUGGUAAUAUUGUAAACAUUACUGUUGCACCUAUCAAUAAUUUAUGUGCAAAAGGUAUCGUUGUCGAUGCUGUGACUUCUGUUGAGCUCGUAAAAUUUCUUGACAGCCAGCAGCAAUCGUUUACACCAUGGAAUUUAAAAUCAUGCCAAGAUUGUGUGUAUACCUGUAACAAAAACGAUUCCACCAUCCAACCUCCAAACAUUGCAAUAUGGUGUCUGAUUGUAAGCAACGUCAGUGAGGAUGUUGCAGUUUCGUUCAGCAUGGAUAUGAUGAUCGAUCCCGACAUGGUUACGGCUACAUCCACAACGACAUCGGCAACAGCAACAGUGAUGGUAAUCACUAGCACAUACAAUCCAACUGCUACUCCUAGUACUGAUGAUUCAACGCCAUCGUGGUUUUCUGGGAAUGAGCGAAUAAAAUGGAACGGCAAAAUUAUUGUCGGUCUUGGACUGGG